CUUUAACCUAAAAUAAUUUUCAGACAUGCAUGAAAUGGAUGUUGUUGAAUCGGAGAUUUUAUCACUCCUUAGAGAUUUUUGCAAAAUAGUACCCCUGCAUAUAGAUAAAUGGAGAGAUGUGCUAGAUCAUCUUCUAAACAAAGUAAAAGGAGUUGUCAACAUGUCAGAACAAUUGCAAUAUGUCUCAGAAGCUAAUAUAGAGCACAUGCCCAAUUUCAAACUUGCUCAAAAAGGAUUGAGAUUCAAUAUCCUAACUAGUAUUGAAGAGGAUAUGAAAUUUGUAAGAGAUUCUAUAGACAAACUUAGUAGAUUCAACACUCAAAUUAAGGAUAAAUUGAUAAAACUGGAAACUGCCUCAUUACAACUUGACUGGGAAAAAGGAGAUUGUACUUUAUUACAAGGGACACCGGUAAUCCCACCCUUAGGAAGACUUCUUCAAGAUGCAUUGCAAUUUUAUACAUUUUUUGAAAGUGCAUACAAAAAUAUGCAGAAUUCGACAAAAAGAAUGAGUUACUUACAUCUAGACAAUAUGAAGCACUGGGAAAGUACGUUUAUGAUCGAGUUAGAGAGUAACCAGUGUGUUAAUGGUUUACUCGCAUUAACACAAUAUGUUGAUAAUGAUGUACUAACAUAGCUUAAGAUAAAAUGACUUGUUCACA